CCCGUGCGGAAGGAAAAAAUGUCUGCGCUUAACCAUCUCUUCGACCUUCAAGAACAGAUUUGUUAUGUCCAGUGUGGCUACUGCACCACCAUUUUACUGGUAAGCGUUCCAUAUAGUAGCUUGUCAAUGGUGGUUACAGUUAGAUGCGGCCAUUGCACCAGCCUCCUCUCCGUCAACAUGAUGAAGGCCUCUUUUGUCCCUUUCCAUCUCUUUGCUUCUCUCAACCAAGACGAUGAGCCAAAGCUAGAAGUUAGUCCUGAAGAAGCUGGAACUGAUCAGAAAAAUUUGGAUAAGGGAAGCCCAUCUCUGGUAAUCUCAUUGGAUGAUGAGGAAGAAGAUGUAGUCCCAGUGAAUCAUAUUGUGAACAAACCCCCAGAGAAAAGGCAACGAGCUCCAUCGGCUUACAACAACUUCAUCAACAGAGAAGAAAUCAGGAGGCUCAAGGCUAUAUAUCCUAACAUGACUCACAAGGAAGCCUUCAGUGCUGCGGCAAAAAAUUGGGCUCAUUUCCCACCGAUUCAGUCCAAGAAAGACGGAGAGAGCUGUGGGCAGGAGGGUGCUGAGGGAAGUAUAUCGAGGAGCCCAGGUGCCGAAGAUCAUGAGGUUAUGAUUCUGUAAUAGUUUAUUACAAUUGUAGGGAAAUGGAAGUUGCUUCAAAUUGCCUACCUGAAGUUGGUGACGUUGAUCAUCACAAACCAUUUGACUCCUCUGCAAGUUGCUUUUGACCAUGAUUACUGACUUUAUUUAUAUUAUUGAAAUCGUUAA